CCUAAAUAUACGGCGGCAUUUUUCGUCUAUCUUCUUCACUUUACUCUUUUUUUUUUUGUUAAUCUACGGGAAAGAUCUGAAAUAGCUCCUCCGAUGGAAACGAUGUAGUCAUGGCGUAAAACUUAUGGCCUGAAGUUUAUCAAACAUCCCUUUUUUCUCUACACCAGUCCCACCGAUCAGAAGAAAUAUCAUUAAGAAUCAAAAAGAGCUGUUUUUAAGGAAAGGAAGGAUAUAUAUUCAAAAAACUCCUUUGAAUGGCGUUGUGGAGUUGCGAGAUCGAAGAAAUAGGAUGAAGCGAUCAAGAGGUUAAAUGAUCUCUAUUUCAGAGCAUCUUAUCAUGGAUUCAGAAAUUAGGGCUUUGAUCUUCACAUGAUUUGGUUAUUCCUGAAUGCUCCGGGAAGAAACGGCCAAGCCGCAGAGGCUUUCGUCGCAAUUAUGUGAAAAGUUCGUGCUUCUUCCUUUAAACCUCCACGCCACCACUGGCUACAACCGACUGGACUAUACUCUGUGGUAAUAAGCUCAGAACAAGUUCUUUUAAAUUGGACGAAGAGAUGACCGGGUCCCUAUUUGGACACACAAUGCAAAUCUCUACAAAGAACGAAAAAGGGAAGUGCAACACUUCAUCCCCAGGAAAACACCUUUUUGAACCUAAAAGACUUCAGAACUUUAACGUUCUCUUUAAAGACCGAUCAGAUCUGCACUUCUUUAGAUAAAGAUAAGCCAAGAUCAGCUCGAGUCGAUCGGUUGCGGACCUGAUCUGAUUUUAAAUCUUUCUUUUGUUUCAGGGGAAGAGUUGUGUUUACAGGAACCAUAAAGCAUUGGUGAAGAUGGUGCCAACUAAAAGAGAAGAGUUGAAGUUGUAUAGCGACAAAGGAGUAGUAGAUGAGCUUGGCUCUGCUGAGAAAUUUCUAAAGGCACUUGUGGUAGUACCAUUUGCGUUUCAAAUAGCUGAAGCAAUGCUUUAUACAGAGGAACCUUGCAAGGAGAAGUCAAGCAGGUUAUUCGUGAAGCUUUUAGAAGAUUUCCUUAAGACUAGGAACAAGAUGAAUAUAGGAACCAGAUGUGGUGGUGCAAAAGCCAUCGAAAUUGACACUCUGCUCAAGCUCUCUGAUGAGGGCACAAAUGGGAAGACAACUCAGCUCCACUUUAUCCUGCAAGAGAUAUCAUGUGAUAUUAUAUGUUGAUUGAUUUGAGUUAUAUAGAAACUACAUUUAAUUUUAGAUUCUUUUAUUAGUAAUUUUCAUCUAAUAUAUCAACUGAUUUUUUUUAUCUGAAACGAUUUUUAUUAAGUAUUAUGUGAUUGUAGGUGUAAAUCUAUAAAUUCCAUUUUGUUAAUCAGUUUAGACAUGUUUUAUAAAGAAUACUCCCAUAGUUAAUAUUAAAUUAGUUUGUAUUGUUUAGAAUUUUGUAAUAAUUAUAGAUGAUUUGAGAUUACACUUAGCUCCAAUAUGGAAAGCUUAUGCUAAUACGUUUAUUUUAAUAUGGAUUUUAUCUAAACUAUUAAAACAGGAGUACAAAAAUGAAAGAGUCCCGAUUUUUCCUCAAAAAUUACCAUCACAUGCCAUCAGAAUUAAACACUGUCGUUUAAAUUUAGCUUUGCUAACCUAUUAUUUCACUAGACCAUAAAUUCGUACCUUAUUUCAGGAAUUGUUUAUGGUAGGUACUAUAUUCAUCUACUCCACCUUGGGUUACUCCGAAUCCUUUGCGCAUCUUCCUUCAUGGUGUACACACCUGGCUUUGGGUUAUUGAAUUAAUACUCAGAAAACGUGGAAGAAGAAGAGUUACAGCUCAGGCCAUUGCCAAAACGAAGGCAAAAUGAUGUGAGCGAUGCGAGUUACAGAGCAAAUGAGAUUACAACUAUUGUGAAUGAGAUAGAAGUCAACGACAUCUUGCGACAUAGCAUGUCUUCUCUUCACCAACGCUGGAUCUGAAGAAGCUUUUGUGUGGCAAUGGUAGAGGGAAGCUCGCGUGGUGGUGGAGGUGGAGUCAAACAAGAAGAAGAGAGGCGGAGAAGGAGAGAAGAAAGAGACGGCGUAGACUAGGUUUUAGUUUAUUUUUUUCUUGAAAAUUUUGGUUUAGUUUGGUUUACUUUGAUGUACCAGCCUUAACUUGGUAACCAAAUUUGAUAUAUAAAAUA